CCCAAAUGAUCACUUCACUUUCAUGACAAAUCGAUUUCUCAAUGUGCUAGUCUCCCUAUAAAUUACCACUAAUCUCCAUCUAAACAGCAUGUACCAAAUUCAAUCACCAAGACAUCUUCACUCGUAGCGAAAGAAAAUACAGAAAGACGAAGAGAAAACGAAAUGGGCCAAUCCAAGCUCUCCUCCACCGUUCAACUAGUCCUACUGUUGUCCCUCUUCGCACCCCAAGCGUCGCUAUCGCUAUCCUCGCCGUCUCCGAACGCGCCGUCGGGCCUGUACCGGGAGUACAUCGGAGCCGAGUUCAAGGGCGUCCGGUUCUCCGACGUCCCGAUCCGCCCGGGCGUCGAGUUCCACUUCAUCCUCUCCUUCGCCAUCGACUACGACUCGUCGUCGUCCCCGACCAACGGCCGGUUCAACGUCUUCUGGGACACCGACAACCUCACCCCCACCCAGGUCGCCUCCAUCAAGUCCGGCAACUCCAAGGUCAAGGUCGCCGUGAGCCUCGGCGGCGCCUCCGUGGGCGACGGCAGCACCGUCUACUUCUCCCCCUCCGACACCGACUCCUGGGUCUCCAACGCCGUCUCCUCCCUCACCGCGAUCAUCAAACAGUACCACCUCGACGGCAUCGACAUCGACUACGAGAGCUUCCGGGCCGACCCCGACACCUUCGCCGAGUGCAUCGGGCGGCUGAUAAGCACCCUCAAGAGCCGCGGCGUCAUCUCCUUCGCGUCCAUCGCCCCGUACGCCGACGACGCGGUCCAGAGCCAUUACCUGGCGCUGUGGAGUAGGUACGGCCACCUCAUCGACUACGUCAACUUCCAGUUCUAUGCGUACGACGCGGGGACGACCGUGUCCCAGUUCAUCGGUUACUUCAACGAGCAGAGCCAGAAUUACGGAGGGGGGAAGGUCCUGGUGAGCUUCAUCAGCGACGGGAGCGGUGGGCUGUCGCCGGCGAACGGGUUCUUCACGGCGUGCGGGAGGCUGAAGAGCGAGGGGAAGCUGCACGGGAUCUUCGCGUGGUGCGCCGACGACUCCAAGGCUGAGGGCUUCAAGUACGAGAAGCAGUCGCAGGCGUUGCUCGCCAUUUCUCCCUAGAUGUCGUUUUGGGGAAAAAACAACAGAGUUGCUACCGUAGUCCGUGGCUGUCCGUGUGCUUUGUGUACGAUUUUGUUGCAUGCUAUACUAUUACUACGCGUUCUUGUGGUUUGAUGUAUACUUGUAAGAUGUGUAAUCUAUACAUAUCAAGGAUUUGUGAAUAAUGAUAGUCAUAUUAUACCUAA